UGGAGCCAGCACAUGCUGUGGGGUAACCAUCUUGGCUAUCAAGGGAUGUAUGAGCUGAUACGAUGGCAUAGCUGUUACCUGAAAUGGAAUUCCAUGUGAUGUGAGCCGCAGAAUUAUUUACUUUUUAGAAAAGUAAGGCCAUGGAACAUAUGCAUUUGCUCAGGAAAUAGAGAAAAUGUGUUAUCGUUGCAAUAGGCACGCAGCACGCUGAUGCAUGAAAUUACUGGAUGACACUUGCGUGGGAGAUAUCUAAUUUUGCUGCUAUCACUCACAAGAUUGACGUGUAAUACAAAUUUGAUGUCAAAUUGAGUUGGCGGGCAUUUUAUUCAGUUACCAGACUAUCACAAUGCUUUCCAAAGUAGUGUAUGAUCCUAGUCUUUAAUCAGGAUUCAAAUAAGCUUCCUAUUCUUGUUCUACAUAUUUGACAAGAAAGAAGCAUCAGAGAAGUACAGUAAUAUUACCAGUGGUAGCAUCUUUUAAUGGCUCUUUGCUAUUCUCCCGGAACUUAUGAUGCAUCCAGCCCCAAAACUGCCAGAAAAGAAGCUUUGUGGAGACCAACACCAAGAAAGCUACAAAAUUCUGGUUGGCCAUUCUCUAUCAAGAUCACAUCAAGAACAAGUUGGAGGGACACUACAGAUAUGAGCCCCUACUGUUGUGGUUACAUGACGCGCAAAUUCAUUGGUGGAGUAGAUAUCCUUAACUACAAUCAUCAAUCAUCUCAGGAAGCAUAUAGGAGCUCCAUGACAAAACAGCGAAGACUUUGGGGAUAGUUGAUUCAGACAAGUGAGGCUGUCUGCGACAUCAGAUAUUUGCAGAUACUUUGAUGGGCCAAAAAUGGGUAGUAAAUUAUAUUAAUCACGGAUGCAAAGUUGUGAUAUUUUUGGAAUGGGCCAUUCUGCUAACCAAUGAAACCACUGGCUCACCAUAUUUGCUCAUUCUUUCUUCUCCCUAACUUGUGUCAGUAACCUGAAAUGAUGAAUGACGUCAGCUUCUCGGCGGGACUUUAAUUAACCGUUUUUGUUUUUAAUUAAAGUCCAUGAGACCUGUUGCUAUUGAAGAUCUGUAUCUUCUAAUUAACACUUCUAAAGGGCUCCGACCAUGAGACCUGCGGCGGAGCUUGCUGUGAGUAUCGGCCGUGAGCUUCUUAAAGUUUCAGGAAGCUCUCGAUCAGCUCGGAUGUGGAGUCCAUCGGUUGAACAGAGUCUUCACAGUCUUGGCUUUCGUAAUUCAAUAAGUCCUUCGCUUGUGGCUCGAGUCAUUGACCCGUUUCUCCUGAAUCACCAUUCCCUUGCUCUUGGUUUCUUCAAUUGGGCUGCUCAGCAACCAGGUUACUCUCACGACUCCGUCUCUUACCAUUCCAUCUUCAAGUCUCUCUCGCUUUCUCGACAGUUCUCCGCCAUCGACGUUCUCUUCAAACAGGUCAAGUCGCACAAAAUCCUUCUCGAUUCUUCCGUGUAUCGCUCACUCAUUGAUGCACUCGUAUUGGGUAGGAAAGCUCAGAGCGCGUUCUGGGUUUUAGAAGAAGCUCUUUCGACGGGCCGGGAGAUUCAUCCCGAUGUUUGUAAUCGUCUUUUAGCUGCUUUAACCUCUGAUGGGUGUUACGAUUAUGCUCAUAAACUGUUUGUUACAAUGCGCCAAAGAGGUAUUUCUUUGAAUACUGUUGGCUUCGGCGUGUAUAUAGGAAAGUUUUGUAGAAGUUCUGAAACGGAUCAGCUCUUGAGAUUGGUUGAUGAGGUGAAAAAGGCUAAUUCAAACAUCAAUGGCUCAAUCGUUGCACUGUUGAUUCUCCAUGGUCUUUGUAAAUCCUCACGAGAAAUGGACGCUUUUUACAUUUUGGAAGAGCUGAGGGAUAGAGAUUGCAAACCGGAUUUUAUGGCCUAUAGAAUCAUAGCUGAAGCAUUUGUAGUAACUGGGAAUCUGUAUGAGAGACAGGUCGUCUUAAAGAAGAAGAGAAAGCUGGGAGUAGCACCCAGGGGCAGCGAUUACCGAGCUUUCAUACUGGAUUUGAUUUCCGCUAAACGAUUAACAGAGGCUAAGGAAGUGGCUGAGGUGAUUGUGAGUGGGAAUUUCCUCAUUGAUAAUGAUAUCUUAGAGUCGUUAAUCGGAUCAGUCUCUGCAGUCGAUCCAGAUUCUGCUGUUGACUUCUUGAAUUUCAUGGUGAGUACAGGGAAAUUGCCUGCAAUUCGGACUCUGAGCAAAUUGAGUAAGAAUCUUUGCAGGCACGACAAGAGCGACCACCUGGUAAAGGUUUAUGAGCUUCUGUCAAGCAAAGGUUAUUUCUCAGAGAUUGAGAGUUACAGUCUGAUGGUAUCGUUCUUGUGCAAGGCCGGGAGAGUCAGAGAAGGUUACAAUGCUCUGCACGAGAUGAAAAAGAAAGGGCUUGAUCCAGACGUGUCACUCUAUAAUGCUCUUAUUGAAGCUUGUUGUAGAGCGGAAAUGAUCCGUCCAGCGAAGAAACUGUGGGAUGAGAUGUUUGUGGAGGGCUGCAGAAUGAAUCUUACGACAUAUAAUGUACUUAUUAGGAAGUUGUCAGAGGAAGGCGAGGCAAAGGAGUCUUUGAGGCUGUUUCAAAAGAUGCUUGAGAAAGGGAUAGAACCAGAUGAAACAAUCUAUACGUCUCUCAUUGAAGGCCUAUGCAAAGAGACAAAACUUGAAGCUGCUAUGGAAGUCUAUAGAAAGUGCAUGGAGAGGGAUAAACAAGUUGCAACAAGAGUAUUAAGCGCAUUUGUCUUAAUUCUAUGCAGCAACGGCCAGUUUGGUGAGGCAUCGCAGCUGCUGGGCGAGCGAGACCACUUGGAACACACAAGUGCACAUGUUGUGUUGCUGAAAUGUGCGGCUGAUGCGAGAGAGGUGGAGGUCGGAAUCAGACAUAUGAAAUGGAUCAAAGAGGUGUCGCCAUCUCUAGUUAGCACAAUUUCUUCUGACCUGUUGGCGUGUUUCUGUUCAUCAUCUGAUCCUGAUUCCAUUAUUCCGUUUAUUCGAGCAAUUGAGCACACAUAAUUUACUCACACACACACACCAGUAGGCUCUAUAUAGGCUUUUUAGCAAUUAGAUUCCCCAAAUUGUAUUUCCCCUUUAUUCUUCUGUCUGUGUAGGUCCUAUAAUAACAACAUGUAGGCUGUGACCGAGAGAUCUCUGGGUGACUUAUACGUUACAAGUCGUUUAUUGUCUACGUAGGAUUUAUAUUCUAAUGAAUAUUUUUUCUCACGGUA